GCCGCCAAGCAGACGCGGCGGGGGUCCGUGCACCCGGCCGCCCUGCCGGGCUCGGCGGCGACGUCCUUCCCCGAGGACGACAACGCCGACAAGUGCUGCGUCCCGAUUCUACUGGCGAAAUGGGGCCGCUGCCUGUCGGCGUCCACGCAGCGCAUGCUGGCGCACCCCCUGUGCCCCAGCAGCACCUGGAUCACCCGCCUGCUCUCCAUGACCAUCAUCGGCUUCCUCUUCCUCGGCAACGCCAUCCUCCUGGUGGGCGGCAGCGGCUGGUCCCAGAUCGUCGCCGCCGUGCUGCUCGCGCAGGUGGUGGGCAUCUUGCUGCACAAGGCGACCUCCCUGCCGCCGCUGCUCGGCAUGCUGCUCGUGGGGGUGCUGGUCCGCCAGCUGGGCUACAUCGAGUACUUCAGCCUGCAGCACGAGGCCCUCAUCUACAUCGCCAGGUCGUGGGCGCUGGUGGUGCUCAUGGUGCGCACGGGCUUCCACCUGGACACGUCGGGCAUGCGCAGCCUGUCGCCGCUCAUGGUGGUGCUGUCCAUCCUGCCCGGGCUGCUGGAGUUCGCGUGCGUCACGGUCAUGGCCGUGUUCGUGUUGGGCAUGCCGACGUCCUUCGCGCUCAUGGCCGGCAUCAUCAUGGCCGCGGCCUGCCCCUCCAUCCUGGGGCCCUGCUUCUCCAUGAUGGGCGCGGGCCGCGGCGUGCAGGCCAGGCUCAUGUCCGCCGCGUGCCUCAACGACCUCAUCGUCAUCGUGGCCUUCGGCGUGGCCGUGGCCAUCACCUUCUCCUUCUCCGGCGACACCCUCCCCUACGUGUUCCUGCACCGCCUGAUGGGCGUGGGCUGCGGCGUGCUCCUCGGCGUCGUGUCCGGGCUCUUCCUGCGCGUCAUCCCGGACCGCUACGACCCCCAGGUGGUGUCGCUGCGGUCGGUGCUGAUUGGGUCCGUGGGGCUGUUCUCCAUGCUGGGCUUCGCGCGCAUCGGCUUCUUCGGCGGCGGCCCGGCGGCGUGCAUCGUGGCGGCCUGGUCGUCCAGCUGGGGCUGGCGGAAGCAGGGCUGGGGCACGGACUACCGAGGGAACCCGGUGGCCACCGUGUUCGACGUCAUGUGGCGGGUCAUGCAGCCCGUCAUGUUCUGCCUGAUGGGCGCCGACGUGGAGCUCAGCAGCAGCUUCGACACGGACAAGCUGCUGCUCACCAUCGUCGUCCUGCUGUGCACCUGGCUGGUUCGCAUCGCCGUGUCAAUGGCGGUGACGGCCUACACGGACCUCAGCAUCAAGGAGCGGCUCUACGUCACCCUGGCCUGGGUGCCAAAGGCCGGCGUCCAGGCGGCGCUGUGCCCGCUGGCGCUGGACCAGGCGCGCUACCGCGGCGACAAAGGCGACAUCGUGGGCAACUCGCGUGACGUCAUGCUCUUCGUGCUGCUGGCCGUGGUGCUGACGGCGCCGCUGUCCGCCGCCCUCACGUCGCGCCGGGGGCUGGCCAACGUCCUGCUGCCCGAGUCCGGGCGCCGCACCAGCACCGUCAGCAGGACGGGCACGGCUGCGCCCGGCGCCACCCAGCCCACCCAGUCCGCGUAGCCCAAGGCCCGCAGCCGUGCUGGCUGAGACUUUACUCCCCAUGCACUGUAUUUUCACCCGCGAAAGACUUCCCUCUUUUCGUCUGACCCGAGAUUAUUUUGUUUGCGCAGGAAGAAAAUGAACUCUAGAUGUGUUUUCAGUGAGUAUUUUAUUAUGUAACAUAUUUGUAAAGUGAUUAUUUUUUGCAUUAAGUCACAGCCCCUUUAAAUCUUUUAUAAGUAAGGUACGCACUUAGAUGUCGAUUCCUUGUCAUUCUAGGGAACAAAGCAAAA